AGUAGUAGAAAAAUGGGUCCAGCACUCGUCGUUGUUAUUCUUGUUGUUUCUCUGUCGCUACCGCAAACUGGCCAGGCCUCCUCCUUUCUCAACGGGAGUAAAGUGGCGUGCGGCAAAAGUCGAUUGUUGACGGCUGCGGCCACGGCCAAGAUCGUCGGCGGAGUGCCAGCCGACUGGGGUCAACUUCCGUUCGUCGUCGCCCUGGAAUCUCCUCGCGGCCAGCAAUUGUGCGGAGCGGCGAUCCUGAACGAGCGCUGGCUGGCCACGGCCGCCCACUGUAUCGGCAGCAACAAAGCGCAUCAGAUCGUGGCCAUCGCCGGUUCACUGGAUCCGUCGGCUUCGUCCAACGCGUCCAACCGUCAAGUGUCGGAGGGCGCCGAGGUUCGAUUGGCUCCCGGCUACGCUGAAGGAACGCAACUCGAUUUGGCUUUGAUCCGCCUCAAACGACCGUUCAAGUGGCGAAACGGAAUCGUCGAACCCGUCUGUUUGCCCAGUCUCAAUGUCAACACUCGUCAGCAGUCAAACCAAACAGUCGAUGAACGAGAGGAUCGGGCGGCAAUGGAUCAGCUGGGCACAGUAGCCGGUUGGGGAUGGAACGACGAGGAAGGUGUCAACAUGAGCAGCAAAUUGCAUCGAGUCCAGGUGCCAUUGAUGAGCCGGACUGAAUGCGAAAAACGUUUCCUCACGGCCGGUUACGCCAUUCCAAUCGACAAGACCAAAAUCUGCGCCGGAUGGCCGCAAGGCGGUCAAGACGCCUGUCAGGGCGACAGUGGCGGGCCUUUGGUGGUGGCCCAGGAUGGCGUCUUUGUCUUAACAGGUGUCGUCUCUGGCGGAAUAGGUUGCGCUCGGCCAGGCCUUCCUGGAUUGUAUACUAACGUGGCCAACUUCCUCCCAUGGAUCCUGGACAUCAUCAAAAAGCGGAAGUAGCCUUUUUUCUUUCUUUGAGACUUUUAAAAGAGAAAAUACACACGAGACUUUGUUCAA